AUGUCCUAUUUCCCUCCCCGUUCCUCCUCGUUCUGUUUUUUUUCCCGUCUCGUAUUGCCCCAUCCCUUUCUUCCCGUCUCGUUCUGCCUUGUCGGGUAUAAUUUUGGCCUCGUUAUUCUGUCGUCUUUCUCGUCGUUCUUGAUGGUGGUUGUUGUUGGGCGGUGGCUGUUAUUGGUGUGGGAUCUCGUGGUGACGACCGGCGGAUCUAUGCUCAUGUUAAGCCUCUGGUGUGGCUCCGUCAGCAGCUCCCAUUUCUUUUUUUGGCUUAUUGCAGUUUGCAGGAAUGGCGGUCAGAGGUCAGAGGCGGCGGCGGCUUCUCUGGCAGCUCGAAGAGGCUCCCGUGCCGCCGGAUUAGAGUUUUGCGUUGAAGUGGUUCGUUUUUGUGCUAGUCCUCAGAGAAGCUGUAGAUGCUGCUAA